CCCGACUGUGCGGGGCGCUCGGGACCUGCGAGCUCUUGGCACCUUUAACACCCGCGCUGGCCGCAGGGAGCGGACGAGGGCCACAGCACAGUUAGCGGCUGCAGCCCACACCGGCCGGGGAGUCCAGGUGCUCGGCGUCUCAGAGGGCCACAGCGACAAUGACAGCUGACAAGGAGAAGAAAAGGAGUAGCUCGGAGAGGAGGAAGGAGAAGUCCCGGGAUGCCGCACGGUGCCGGCGGAGCAAGGAGACAGAGGUGUUCUACGAGCUGGCCCAUGAGCUGCCCCUGCCUCCCAGCGUGAGCUCCCAUCUGGACAAGGCCUCUAUCAUGCGGCUGGCCAUCAGCUUCCUGCGAACACACAAGCUCCUGUCCUCAGUUUGCUCUGAAAAUGAGUCUGAAGCCGAAGCGGACCAGCAGAUGGAUAAUUUGUACCUGAAAGCUUUGGAGGGUUUCAUUGCUGUGGUGACCCAAGAUGGCGACAUGAUCUUUCUGUCAGAAAACAUCAGCAAGUUCAUGGGACUCACACAGGUGGAGCUGACGGGACACAGUAUCUUUGACUUCACUCACCCCUGCGACCAUGAGGAAAUCCGUGAAAACCUGACUCUCAAAAAUGGCUCUGGUUUUGGGAAGAAAAACAAAGACAUGUCCACAGAGCGGGACUUCUUCAUGAGGAUGAAGUGCACGGUCACCAACAGAGGCCGAACUGUCAACCUCAAAUCAGCCACCUGGAAGGUCUUGCACUGCACCGGCCAGGUGAAAGUCUACAACAACUGCCCCCCUCACAGUAGUCUCUGUGGCUACAAGGAGCCCCUGCUGUCCUGUCUCAUCAUCAUGUGUGAACCCAUCCAGCACCCAUCCCACAUGGACAUCCCCCUGGACAGCAAGACCUUCCUGAGCCGCCACAGCAUGGACAUGAAGUUCACUUACUGCGAUGACAGAAUCACAGAACUGAUUGGUUACCACCCCGAGGAGCUGCUUGGCCGCUCGGCCUACGAGUUCUACCACGCGCUGGACUCGGAGAACAUGACCAAAAGUCACCAGAACCUGUGCACCAAGGGUCAGGUGGUGAGUGGCCAGUACCGGAUGCUUGCGAAGCACGGGGGCUAUGUGUGGCUGGAGACCCAGGGGACCGUCAUCUACAAUCCUCGCAACCUGCAGCCCCAGUGUAUCAUGUGCGUCAACUACGUCCUGAGUGAGAUUGAGAAGAACAACGUGGUAUUCUCCAUGGACCAGACUGAAUCCCUGUUCAAGCCCCACCUGAUGGCCAUGAACGGCAUCUUCGACAGCAGUAGCAAGGUGGCCGUGUCUGAGAAGAGUAACUUCCUAUUCACCAAGCUGAAGGAGGAGCCCGAGGAGCUGGCCCAGCUGGCCCCCACGCCAGGGGAUGUCAUCAUUUCUCUGGAUUUUGGGAACCAGAACUUCGAGGAGUCCUCGGCCUACAGCAAGGCCAUCCUGCCCCCGAGCCAGCCAUGGGCGGCAGAGCUGAGGAGCCACAGUACCCAGAGUGAGGCCGGGAGCUUGCCUGCCUUCACUGUGCCCCAGGCAGCUGCCCCGGGCAGCACCACCCCCAGUGCCACCAGCAGCAGCACCUGCUCCACGCCCAGCAGCCCUGGAGACUAUUAUACAGCUCUGGAUAAGGACCUGAAGAUUGAAGUGAUUGAGAAGCUCUUCGCCAUGGAUACAGAGGCCCAGGACCAGUGCAGUCCCCAGACGGAUUUCAAUGAGCUGGACCUGGAGACACUGGCACCCUACAUCCCCAUGGAUGGGGAAGACUUCCAGCUGAGCCCCAUCUGCCCAGAAGAACGGCUCUUGCCAGAGACCCCGCAGUCCACCCCCCAGUACUGCUUCAGUGCCAUGACAAACAUCUUCCAGCCCCUGGCCCCCGUGGCCUCACACAGUCCCUUCCUCCUGGACAAGUAUCAGCAGCAGACAGAGGGCAAGAAGACAGAGCCCGAGCACUGGCCCAUGUCCUCCAUCUUCUUCGACGCUGGAAGCAAGGCGAACCUGCCCCCGUGCUGUGGCCAGGCCAGCACCCCUCUCUCUUCCAUGGGGGGCAGAUCGAACACACAGUGGCCCCCGGAUCCACCAUUACAUUUCAGGCCCCCGAAGUGGUCCAUUGGGGAUCAGCCUGUGGAGUCCUUGGGAGCGUCGCCGCUGGGGCCCCCCGUGUCCUCGUCUCAUGUCUCCACAUUCAAGACGAGGUCUGCAAAGGGCUUCGGGCCUCGGGGCCCGGACGUGAUGAGCCCGGCCAUGGUAGCCCUCUCCAACAAGCUGAAGCUGAAGCGACAGCUGGAGUAUGAGGAGCAAGCCUUCCAGGACGUGAGCGGGGGGGAGCCACCCGGCAGCGGCAGCAGCGCCUCACAUGCGAUGUGGAAACGGAUGAAGAGCCUCAGGGGCGGGGGCUGCCCUUUGAUGCCGGACAAGUCACUGAGUGCCAGUGUCCCCAAUGAUGAGUUCACUCAAAACCCCAUGAGGGGCCUGAGCCAGCCCUUGAGACAUCUGCCACCGCCAGAGCCACCAUCUGCCAUAAGCCCCCGAGAGAACGCCAAGAGAGGCUUCCCUCCACAAUGCUAUGCCCAGUACCAGGACUACAGCCAGCCAUCGGCGCACAAGGUGUCAGGCAUGGCAAGCCGGCUGCUCGGGCCCUCGUUUGAGCCCUACCUGCUGCCCGAACUGACCAGAUAUGACUGUGAGGUGAACGUGCCCAUGCUGGGAAGCUCCAUGCUCCUGCAAGGAGGUGACCUCCUCAGAGCCCUGGACCAGGCCACCUGAGCGGGGCCUACCCCUGGGCAGCCCCCCUGCCGACACCGUCCCACCAGCUUCACCCUCCAUCUCUGUUUUUGCAACUAGGUAUUUCUAACGCCAGCACACUUUUUACAAGAUGGACUUACCUGGCAGACUUGCCCAGGUCACCCAGCAGUGGCCUUUUUCUGAGAUGCUCACUUUAUUAUCCAUAUUUUUAAAAUA